AUGGUGGAUUGGAGGCUUCUCAGCCGCAACCGAACCGCAGUCAUCGUUGCUGGCCAGUUCACAGUGGCAUCUGUGUGGAAGUGGCUUCAAGUUGAUAGAAGACCUGAUCUGUGUGUUGCUAAAAGACUCUGGAAAUCUGUGGCUCCACCAAAAAUACAGUUCUUUGGGUGGCUAGCCUGGAGGGGAAGAGUAAAGACUGCUGAGUUUUUACAUAGGAUUGGGGUGUUGGAUGAUCAGGUUAGUGUCUUGUGUCCAUUAUGUAGGAAUGCAGUUGAAUCGAUUAGUCAUGUUCUAUUUCAUUGCCCACCGGUAUGGUGGGUAUGGUUUGAAUUAGUAAACUGGUGGGGUAUGUGUUGGGUGGUACCAUGUACAGUUGAAGCUUUGUUACAAUGGUGGGUUGGGGUGAAACUCAAGAAGAAGGAGAGGAAAAUCUGGAACUUGGUGCCACUUGUAAUGUUGUGGUCAGUGUGGAAGCUGAGGAAUGAGAAUGUGAUCACUGGAAGACUUCCUAAUUUUGUUGAGCUAGUAGAUUUGAAGUCUAGGAUAGCUUUCUGGGCAAAGAGUAAUAUUGCAUGGUUGCAAUACUCAGUUCAAGAUAUAGUGAUUAAUUUACAUCAGAUGGUGUUACUGUAUGUUAGUUUUGUUCACAUGGUUGCUGAUUUUGCUGCUGUGUCUGGGAUUUGGGAGUGUUUGUGGUGUGCUGUUGAUUUCUCAGUUUAG